AUGGCUUGCCAUAACGUGUACUAUUGCGACGCAGGUCAUGACCGGGCUUGGGUCUUCUACAAGGAUCCCUCCCUGCUGGUUCCCGCCGCGUCCUUUCUCAUCGCUGUCCUUGUCGUCAUCACCGUCGUCACCGUCUGCAUCAAAAAGACCAAAGCGCACAAGAACUUUGAAAAAUCCCUGGAAGCAGAGAAGCGCCAGAGCUACGGCGAGGUGACGCAGCAGCAGCAGCGCUACAUCGACGUCACAGAGAAGCGCAACCGCUCCGACUACGCCACCAUCCAGAGCCGGAGGAGCCUCUCCGGGAGCUACAAGAUCGAAGAACUACGCUCGGCGGCGCCUAACAGAGGAUACAACACUACAGACGCCAAGGACAGGCGGCGCUCGUCCCUUCGCAAAAGCAGCGCUUCCUCCCACGUCUACGACAGCGCGGCGUGAUUCAACCAGAGACAACGCCCGAGAAACUGCUGUUGACAUCUCCUAAAACUGUUGAAUUUGCUCUUAUCCGUUGUUCUAGUCACGCGCCAGCCGUACAAGCACGUUACGACCCCUAUUCUGUACUUACAAUUUUUUUUCUCACCACUGCCCCUCAGAAUAUCCCUUGAAUAACUUUCUCCCCAAGACAAGCCAGGUGUGUCCCGCGUGUGUACAGAGGAAGCUUGACAUCCCAGUCUCUAUGAGAGAUGUGGCAUCUCAGCGACCUACAAGCGCAUCAUGCAGAAGUCGAGCUGUUGCGAGUCAUAUGAGCGGUACACUAGAGCAGUAAGGACAGCAGUCUUGAGGCACAUGGGGAUGAAAUCACUGAUUUCUCUCGAAAACAACUCAGUAUGAGCAGAAGAUUGACGCAAAUGUGCUGCGUCACCAAGUCUAUACUAAUACUCGAUGUGUGGAGGAAGCGAAACUGACGUCACAGGCCGCCAAGCAAUAGAGAGCCUGCGCAAGGUGUCCCUAUCGCAAGAAUACUUUCAACUCUCGUUUCAGGCACCAAGAGGGUG